AUGUCCUCUCCCUCCUCGAACACGCCAUCAGCAGCAUCUUCACCGGCACAUUCUGUGUCUGGGAGUUUGCCGCCAAGAAAAAGAGCAAGAACAGAUGCUGAAAAGGAACAACGCAGAGUUGAAAGAAUUCUCAGAAACAGAAAGGCGGCACACGCGUCUCGUGAGAAGAAAAGGAAACAUGUUGAGAAUUUGGAAUCAUAUGUGGUUUCCUUGGAAGCCAAUCUUCAAGAAUUAUUCAAAAGACAGGAGUGUUUACUUGAAAAAUUAUCUGAUUCAAAAUGUGAUUUCGAUUUGAUUGAUAUGGUCCAAAGACCAGAAGGUUUGGUAUUAUCCUUUGAGGAAGAAAGAAGUCUAAAGAACUCCAAUAGUAAUAAAAAUGGACAAAAUGGACAAAAUGGAAACAAUAAAGAAAAGAAUUCUCCAAACUAUUCAUUUCAAGAGCCUAUUAACAAGAAGCAAAGAGUUGAAAUUAAGAAGGAAGAAAAUGAGGAAGUUGUCAAUGUAGGUUUGCUCAAUAAUGAUGAUUUGAAUCUUGAUAUAUUGACACCUCCAUGUAACGACGAUUUACCUCUUUUAUCUUCAUAUUCUUCUCCAUCACCCCCUCUCUCCAGCGGGGAUGCAUCGAAUCCUACAACUCCUUUGAAUGGCAACGACGAGAUGAAUUUGUUCACCACGGAAAGUAACAUGGAUUUCUUGAAUUAUUUAGAACCAGAUUUUACAACUGAUUCUUCAACAAAUGACCAUGAUUUUGAAGACCCAAAUUUCAAAGGAUUAGAAGUUGGUAGUUCUAUGGGUAAUAUCGGUUUGUUUAACAGUGUGCAUUCAGCAGUAAUGCAUACGUUCAGGAUUAUAUGUUGA